CGACAACAUAAUGCGCAACAGUUGCGUCUCAAUAAGGAAAGAAGGAGAGAUGGUUGAGGUAGAAAUCCAUUGAGCCGUCGUACAUUUGACCGAUAACGAUUAAAAAGUAUAGUCCAGUGUUAUUCUUACUCUUUCUUUCUCUCUCUCUCUCCCUCUUUCUCUUUCUGUUUUUCUUUCUCGCUUUCUCUUUCUCUUUCUCUCUCUCUCUCUCUCUCUCUCUCUCUCUCUCUCUCUCUCUCUCUCUCUUUGUUGUGUAUUUACGAACGAUCGACAAUGUGAUCAAAAAAUGAAAAAAAAAUUCGAAGAGAAAUGAUCGUUGACAAAUUCAUUAACCUCGAGUGAUCAAACGCAAACGGAUAUAAUUAUGAAAUGGUGCAAAUUAUGUCGCAUAUUGUACCGUUUUGAAUAAUGUAAAAUGGAAUUGUUUAUUAAUGGUGGAACGAUAUAUCCGUCGAAGAUAAAUUUUUAACGUUUCGUCAGGAUGACGGAGAAACGUUUAUCGUUGGGCAUCAACGUUAGUAUCCUUUUGAUUCUCACGAUAUUCGGUAUUUUAUUGUCUCUACCGUUAAAAUUACUCUUGAAUACGAAUUACGAUGCUCAAAAUCAUCAAAACGAGAGUGAAAACGAUACCGGUAUAUUGUCGGCUGAGGCGAAGAACAAGGAGAUAUUCGAAUCAUUGAUCGAUUAUCGAAAAUUGAAACGGUGCAGAAGACAUCGUUACGAGAAUCAGAUAAGAUCGAUCUUUUACAGCGAUUACGAUCAGAAUUGUACGUACGUAAAAGUUCUAACGAAAAAGGAAGAGGAAACGACGAACGAUUCGUUUGAGCCGAUCAACGAGGUGUUAUUAAAGGUGAAUAAGAAAGUGGAGGAGAAGGAGAAGGAAGAUAAGAUUGUGGAGAAAGAACAGGUGGAGAACAGUGAAGAAGAAGAGUUACAGGAAUCGAAGGAAAUCGUCGUUGCAGGACAUAUACUCGUGACGAUGCUUCUCGUUUCAGCGAUCGCAGCUUUGGUCGAAGUACUUCGGAUUAGAUUCUCUAAAGACAAGAAUAAGGAUACUUCGUCGAGAGGUAACGUCGUAUCAAGAAAAAGCUCCACCAUUGAUCUUCCGAUUCAAAGGCGCUUCUUUCCAAGAGAACCAAUGAAGAGUCAAAGAUCGUUCGAAUUAUUAGGAAUGCAUCGAUCUUCUUUGCGUCUCUUGGGUGAGCGACCGGCCCCGCUUAUUCGACGUUCUUCCUUUCCAACGCAACAGGCUAACAAUAAACGAUCGGUUCCAUCGGCCACUGGCACGCCAAAUAUACGAAUGUCACGACGUCAAUCGGCCGAGUCCGAGGAAGAAAUCGGAGUACUUAUCACCGCUCUUCAUCAUCGUACACGUUUGAUCCGUCGCCAUUAAGGCCCAUCCAUGGAGACGAACUUUUACGAGAAACGUAUCAUUGGGAAGAAUCUGACUGCCGUUCGCAUCUGAAACUAUGUAUAAUAUACGUAUAAAAGGAAUUACUUAUUUACGUCCAUACUUACUCCGAAUGAAAUUUUUAAUUAUUUUAAUCUAUUGAUUGCGUAAGAUAAUUUAUUAUUGUGUCUAUGUUAAAAAGAAAACACUUUAUAUUCCCUUUUCCUUUCAUUCUAUUUCAUAGUUAAUUAUGGCGUUACAUUUUUAGCAGAUAAACUACGUAUAUUGCUAAAACAUUUCGAUGAAGUUUAAUGCCAAGAAACGAAUUGUUUACAAUUCAAUUUGAAAUAAUGUAAUCUUACUUGACGAAAGGAUAUAAAUAUAUAUGUGUAAGAGGGAGCAGUGAGAUAUAAAAAAAAAAAAGAUAUAUUUUCGAGAACUAACGAAUUAGGAAAUAUUUUGGUAAUAAUAAGAAAAAGAAAGAGAAAGAACAAUCGUUAUAUCCCUCCGUUAGGAGAUACUUGGACCGUCUAAUCCUGUGAUCUUCGUUGUUCUUCAUGUGAUAUAUAAAAUGUUAAUUAUAGUUUACGAAAUAUAUAUAUAUAUAUAUAUAUAUAUAUAUAUAUUAUAUAUAUUAUAUAUAUACAUACACACAUGAACAUAAGUGUUCUAUGAAAAUUUUUGUUUACGCCGUACGCUUCACUGAUUUUUCUGAUAUUUUAUUUUCAGUCUUUAAGUAUAUCAAAGACUGAUCUUAAUAGUGUAAAAAGGAAAAAAAAAUUUCCAAUAUAUCGGAUAAUAAUAAGUCAAUAAUCUUAUCUUAAUCCCCCCUUCCGUUCCGAUAUACGGGAUUAAGAGCACAUACGAUAAAAAGAAGUUAAACAACGUAUAUUGUGUUAUCUUGAGAUAAUAUAGAAAGGUGUACAAAAGUAAAUAUAAAAAAAAAAAAAAGUCAUGAA